AUGCCUCAAUACAAAUAUAAAGUAUUUGUAAAUGCACGUUUUAAUGUUGUUUGGCAGAAACUUUUGGAUAAAAUCAAACAUCCUGAAAAAUAUGUUGAAGGUAUUCGAGAAGUUGAAAUUUUAGAAGAUUCACCUGAUCAUAUAAUAAGAGUAAUUCGAUUUAAUACUGAACAUUGGCAAGAUAUAAAAGAAUUAAUUGUUGCUGAUGAAUCAAGUGGAAUUAUUGUUUAUCGUUUAAUUGAUCAUCCUUAUUUUGAAGGUGAAACAGUUAAUAUUUGUCGAACAACAAAUCAAGUUUAUCAUUCCGAAUUAGAAUAUGAAAUUAAUUGGAAAUUAAAAGAUCAAAAUCAACAUGAAUCAUUACAUGAAAAUGAUCUUGCUGAAUCAGCUUUACAAUUAGCUGUUAAUGAAAUGAAAAAAGUUUCAGAAGAAGCAGAAUCUGUUUAUAAUAAAUAA